ACGAGGUGUGUUAUGAAGAUUCCUGGGGUCGUAAUCUUUUCGUAGCAUUUGUUACUCUGCUUUCUGUUGCACAGACGGCGUUCGAAGGAUACAUAGCUUGGAAGGCUAAUGUAGACCGUAAGACGCUGUUGAUGAUUCCGCGAGCAUGGUUCGCACUUUUCCUGAACGGUUUCAUCAGUGGAACGAACAAGCUCUUCCUCCUCCGACGCUGCUGGCGGAUUACGAAAGGCAGCUGGUGGAUAGCCGUCUUGUUCGCGUUCACGAUAACCACGUACGGCGCGAAUAUCUUGAUUGCAGUGGCUUUUUCACGUCUGAGCGUCGUCAAUCCAAAGCCUAGCGAUGUCAUACUGAGCGUCAUUGCAUUUUCGUAUUGGACCACGGCGGUGCUCGUGAUCGAUGUCAUUCUUUCUGUUAUCCUCGCUUAUUUCUUAUGGAAAAACAAGACCGGCGUGCACCAUCUCGACAGAGCACUCCUACGGUUCUGCGCUGUUGCCACAGAAUCUGCAAUCUGGCCAUCGCUCUGCAUUGCCGUUUGCGCAGGACUGUUCUUCUCGCAUAACAAAAACGCCAACCGUCUAGUUUUCGUAUUUCUGCUUCAAACAGGCAAGCUCUACACAUUGUCGAUCCUCCGCACGUUAAAUGCAAAAGUCAAGCUACGAGAAAGAAUGAAAUCGGAUGACUUUGCGCGAGGCUCGUUAGGAAAUUGGUCUUGGCGACAAGCUGACUCGGGAGUGGACCGGGAGAUGUCUAUAUCUGCAGCGGUGAGUGAGCUGCGAUUUGGAGUGUGCGUGUGUGGAUGAAUGUCUGCGUUAAGCACGAACGGUCUUCGUUCCGGGCAAGUGGACGCCUGUCGUCGAUCUCGAUCGGCCCAUCGGAAAGGAAUGUUGUGGAUAGUCGGAUAUCUGUGCUUGAUCAGCACCUUCAGUCCCCGAUGCCGAUUCACCCGUACUUGACAGACUCGCGUUCGACUUAAUGACCCGCAGGCUUGUAUG